AUGGGAUCUCUUGCCAGAAAUUUGCAAGAUUUCUUCAAAUUUGCAAUAUUAUCGUUGAUCUUACAGGCACCGCUCGUGUCUGCGCAGCAAAUUGUUUCGUCCACGGCGGCAUGGUCCUCCCAGAUCGUGGCAUUCUGGGGUGCCAUUAUCAUUGCAGCCCAGGUGGGUAAAGUCGGGUCAGGAGGUACAUCGGUCUUUUCAAGUAUUCGCGCCAGCUUACGAACCCGGGCGAUUGCAAGUGCUCUUUCCCGCGGUAAUUGGUUUCUGCAUUCGGGCUGGUCUAAUGGAAAAGUACGGACGGACAUUGCUAUUGUCCAUUGGCAAACUGCCGCCGAUCUGAAGGGUCUGGCUCGACGUAUUGCGAUGCAGAUCGAAACAUUUGGUGAGAAGUGGCAGGUAUUAGUGUUGGGUCAACAAACCAAAACGGUAGAAAACAGAGAAAACGAGAGUGUGAUUCAUUGGAUCAAAAGUCCGCGCACGGAGCGAUUUUGCGGCGCUAAGGUGAAAACGACUGGCGAGAAUCUCUUUCGUCUGAGCGAGCAGGACUUGAUGGAUGCGCUGGAACUGCUAAAGCAAACUCCUCCUACGCCGAUCAAAGAUAUUGUGGAGGAGAUGACCACGCGACAGGACACUCGAACGUCCAGGGUGACAUAUUUGUCGGAGCAGCAUCAUGAGAUGCAAGUGAAUAGCGGACAGCUCUCCUGGGGCUACAUCUUCACGUCCGUCGACCAUCAGCAAACCCCGUUUUUAGCCUUGAAGCGCUGGACCGGAAUUCAUGGCACCGACCGUGGAGCAAGGAUGAUUUGUGCCACUCGACUGUAUCUCCUUGUUCAUUUACUUAUCGCUUGCGCCGUCGGUCUCAUGGCGGCCGCAACGGGGCGCGGCCUUGCCGUCUGGCUGAUGGCGGUGCGACCAACAAUUUCAACCAUGGGCGGCAAGAAUGUCAAAGGUGACGAUGUACUUCGUUCGCUUCUCUGUAUGGAUGAUGUUUCCUUCCAGUAUGAGACAAAAGAAGGAUCGAGAUUUCUGGCAGGGGACGUGCUGGCCCAACCCAUGGCAUGGUGGCAAUCUGCAGUGGCCUAUGCUAUUCCGGCACUAGAGACUAGUAUCAUCUUUGCGGGCUGGCUGUAUGGAGAUUUGAACGCGCAACGACUCGAGCCCUCGGGGGUAGUUGGACAUGGGAUGCUUUGGCUUUCGGUUGUCGUUGGUCUGUCGCUAUGCAUACGCGCCCUACUCACCCUGCGUAACAAUGACAAAGGACGUCUAGUGGGCAUCUGGAAGGAGUCUGACUUCAUGCGCUUCACUGUUGGUGCGGAGUCUUUAGAGCUUCAAGUAUCUGAGCUCACUCGAACGGCGUCCGACUCGCCAGUCAGCCUGAUUGCCACCAUCCUCAGAGAUAAAGAGACGGAUGACGAAGCUGCGAUCCAAGUGGUCGAGUCACUGUUACGACUUCCAGUCAUCACGACCCUCAUUGAAUAUCUCGCGGCGACAGAUGUCAUGAAAUUCAAAUACGAGGGAGACAAGAUCGUGACCAAAGCUGACAAACCGAUCUCGCCCAAGUCAGAGUCGCCGUGGAUUCAGUCGUAUUGCUGCAUUAUCCUCGUUAUGGCAGCGUGCUGCAUCUCGGCCAUCUACGCCUAUUAUCCGCUUCCGCGGUGGACCAAGCUGGUGACUGAGAUCGUAGUCGCCAUGUGUGGUAUCUUUUUCAACUCGAUAGAUUUAGUUGGAAGUUUUAUGCAUGAAAAAGAGACUUCGAUCUGUUUCAUGGUUGCAGCGCUGGUAACCUCAUCGGCUUGGUAUGUUGGCUUAGAGGGCGCGGGCUGA